CGCAAGAUUGCUCGAGACAGAUAUGUCAGAGCGUACACCAGCACCUUACGCUCCAAGAUCGGUUUAUGGAUACGCUAUGUACAUAGGAUCGAAUAUGCUGUUAUUAUUAUAUUUAGUAUGGGCGUUUGUACCCGAGGAAUUUUUACAUGAAAAAUUGGGACUUACAUACUGGCCCUCGAAAUACUGGGCAGUGGCUCUUCCAGUUUGGAUUUUAACAGCUAUCGCUGUAUUUGCAUUUGCUAUUUAUCCAGCUAUAAAUAUAAGUAUGACACCGAAUAUCGAUGAUUUAAGAACAAUUACGGACGAAUAUUGUUUAGAGCGACGUGAAAGCAUACCCGGUGGUAUUCCUCCAGUUUCUGAUAUUCCAAUUACAGAAGUUUGUAGAAAAUUAUAUUUACAAAACGAUUAAAAUAAAAGAAUAUUUUUCAAAAAA